GCGGACUGGCUCGGGUCCACACCACCCUUCAUUUGUCCAAGAGAAGACCCCAAACCUCCAGCCAACUGUGAGACGUUCACACUCUCAUCCCAACCAAUAAUGUGAGAAUCAGACGGAAAUCAGAUGCGUAAACUCACCGUGGCUUCAUUGUACUCCAGUGCCGUCAACACUCAACACACUGUCACGCAGUUCGCAGCCAGGCUACAGUAGAGGCUAUCCACGCGGAUUACCUGGUGUGAGAUGCGGCAAUGUCCCGAGGAAUGUGCCCACGCGUGAACUCUUGCGGAUCCGUUUGGAUUUUGUCUGCGCUCAUAUUUGCCGUGAAUGUGAUCGACGUGGAUGCGUACAGCUGCCAUGAAGUGCGGACCGCGUUCCAGCUGCGGCAGGUCGGGCCGCUGCACCGCGUACCGGAGACACCUGGCACAGAUGUGGAUCUGUUGAUUUGCAAGCACCAGGGUCCAUCGUGCUGCACCCGGAAAAUGGAGGAGAGCUACCAGUUUGCUGUAAAACGAGAAACCCUUCACAACAUUCACUCCUACAGCUAUGAGCUUAAACAUCUCAUCUCCGGCCACUCAGAUGCCUUCCAGGACAUGUUCCAGUACCUGCUAUCUUUCUCUCAGGGACACCUGAGUUCUCUGUUGGAGGGAACUUACUCCUCCCUGUCCCGCCAAACCUUACCCCAUGUAAAUCAACUCUUCUCCUCACUCUCCCUCUACCUCCGUGGGGCCAAUGUUUCAGUGGAGGCUGCAGUUCACCAAUUUUACAACAACCUUUUCCCACUCGUCUACACACGACUCAUCAAUCCAGGUAUCGAAGGCAGUAUGACAGCGGGAGGUGAAAUGGGUGACUGUCUUCGUAUGAUCAGACAGGAUGUCAACCCCUUUGGGCCUCAUCCAUCCAUCAUGGCACAGGAGCUGGCUGGGGUACUGGGAGCAGGACGGCAACUGGGGCUGGCACUGGAGGAAGGUGUGGAGGUGAUGAAUGCCACCGAACACGUCAGCCUGAGCAAAGAGUGCGUGAAGGGCCUCGUGAAGAUGGUGUACUGCUCCCACUGCAGAGGCUUGACGCUUAUCAAGCCCUGCGUAGGAUACUGUCUGAAUGUAAUGCGAGGCUGCUUGGCCAGCGUGUCAGAGCUGGAUCAGCCUUGGAGGAGGUAUACGAGUUUAUUGGAGCAACUCACCCACGCCAUGGCCGGGCACCACAGCCUGGAACUGGCCCUGCUGGAGGUCAGGGGGCGCGUUCACAAGGCCCUGCUGUACGCACAGCUUCAUGGUCCACUCAUCACUGCCACAGUGGACAAGGUGUGUGGCCUGACUACUGCGGAACCUACAGGCAUGCAGCCUACUAGCCCCGAGGUCACGACCUCUACCGUGACCUCGUCGUCUCCUCUUCCAUCUGCGGCUCCCUCCCAACCUUUACCAGAGCAGUGGCAGAGGCAGCUCUCCCACUUGAGGAGCUCGUUCCCCCUGAAACCCUCCAAGAACAAUAAACAUAGUCUGAGAACGCUCUCUAGGGAAUUCUUGAUGUACCUGCAGCGCUACAAGUCUUUCUUUGCAGCGCUGCCGGAGAUGCUGUGCGAAGGAGAGAACGUAGUGGACGACUCCACAUGCUGGAGCGGAGAUGACGUGGUAGAGAGCUAUUCUGGCAGAGUUGUAGGAAACGGUCUGCACGCUCAGAGGCAAAACCCGGAGGUCAAAGUUCGCAGUGUAGACCCUUCACUGGCAGAGGUCAAGGAGAGGUUGGAACGCUUCAACCAGGAGACCCAGGAGAGGUUUCCGAACCUGGACCAGGUGGAGGCCUGGGACGAGCUGGGCAGUGGGAAGUCAGAGGGCAGCUCCACAGGCUGUGAUGAUGAAGAUGGAUGUCAAGCCUCAGGAGAUGGUCAAGAAAAUAUCUCACAAACAGACGCCUCCAGUGAAAGGAGGCCCAUCGGCAGAGAGCCUGGAGGUGACAGCGCGCACGAGAACCCUUCCAGGCCCCCCUCGGUGAAGGUGAGAGGGGGUUUGCCAUCUGCCAGCUGGGCAGGAUCCUGGAGCCUUGCACUGCUCUCUGCUGCACUUUGUCUGCAGUGGACCCUGUUCUGAUGCUAGCACCGCCUGUGAAUCUCCCUUCACCUUCUAGGAAACACGUACAUGCAGACAGACAUUCAUAUCGUAUAAAUCACAUAGAGUAUCCUUACUCCUGUCCUCAAUCUGCACGGAUGGAAAGUAACGAAGGAGAAAGAAAAGAAGAUGGAAACGGAAAAGAGGAGGACAACAUUGUAGAUGGGGGGCUCCUGCAGGAACUUUACUGAUCCCAUGCACGGCCAUCUACAAAGAUUAUGCCUGCUGCUUCCACUAGGCUGUUCUGGGAUUAGAUGUGUGUGUAUAACAGACACCAAUAUAGCCCUGCAGCUCCUCGCUCCACUCACACUCAACACAUACUCCAUAGUUCAGAGCAGGAUGUCAUCAUAAUGAUUUUACUUAAAAACACAUUUCGACUCACGUUCAUGCUUUCUACACAGAGCUGUCCUCAU